GUUCCUUGUUGUUGAGUGAUUGUUGAUUUGAUUGUAAUUUUUUUAUUGACUAAAAAUAAACAAUUAUUAAAAUAUUACGGAAAGCAAUAAAAUAUUGCUAUAAAUUUCAAAAUCAGUAUUAGCGCCUGGCAUACAGAAUAAUGUCGGUGCCGCCGCAAGCAUUUGUCAAUAAGAACAAGAAGCAUUUCCUUGGAAUCCCUGCACCACUAGGUUAUGUAGCUGGUGUUGGAAGAGGAGCUACUGGAUUCACAACCCGAUCUGAUAUUGGUCCAGCGAGAGAUGCAAAUGAUGUAUCUGAUGAUCGACAUGCUCCACCUGCUGCCAAACGUAAAAAGAAUGAAGAGGAAGAUGAUGAUGAAGAUUUAAAUGACUCCAAUUAUGAUGAGUUCUCAGGUUACAGUGGGUCACUGUUCUCAAAGGAUCCCUAUGACAAAGACGAUGCAGAAGCAGAUGCUAUUUAUGAGUCAAUUGAUAAGAGAAUGGACGAAAAGAGGAAAGAGUAUAGAGAGAAACGUCUUAAAGAAGAUUUGGAGAGAUACCGUCAGGAAAGGCCAAAAAUACAACAGCAGUUCUCAGAUCUAAAGCGUGAAUUAAAAAUGGUAUCAGAAGAUGAAUGGGCUGCAAUACCUGAAGUUGGAGACGCGCGAAACCGAAAGCAAAGAAAUCCUAGGGCGGAGAAAUUCACACCACUGCCUGACAGCGUGUUGUCGAGGAAUCUUGGUGGAGAAUCUACAUCAUCCCUCGACCCUAGUUCUGGGCUAGCUUCUAUGAUGCCCGGUGUAACCACUCCUGGAAUGCUGACUCCAUCUGGUGAUUUGGACUUGAGAAAAAUUGGUCAAGCCAGAAAUACCCUUAUGACUGUCAAACUGUCCCAAGUAUCUGAUUCAGUGACAGGUCAAACGGUUGUCGAUCCCAAAGGAUAUCUAACAGAUUUGCAGUCAAUGAUACCUACAUAUGGAGGCGACAUCAAUGACAUAAAGAAAGCGAGACUGCUCCUCAAGUCAGUGAGAGAAACUAAUCCUAACCACCCACCAGCUUGGAUUGCCAGUGCUAGAUUGGAAGAAGUUACUGGAAAGGUUCAAUCAGCCCGAAACCUCAUAAUGAAGGGUUGUGAGGUAAACCCGAGCAGCGAGGAGCUAUGGCUAGAAGCGGCCCGACUGCAGCCGCCCGACACCGCGCGCGCAGUCAUAGCUCAUGCGGCCAGGAACCUCCCGCAUAGUGUGCGAGUGUGGGUGAAGGCUGCUGACUUGGAACAGGAGCCCAAGGCAAAACGCAGAGUAUACCGCAAGGCGUUAGAACAUAUACCCAACUCUGUACGUCUGUGGAAAGCUGCUGUAGAGCUGGAAAACCCUGAAGACGCUCGCAUCUUGCUCUCUAGAGCAGUGGAGUGUUGUCCCACAAGCGUGGAACUUUGGUUGGCGCUGGCUCGAUUGGAAACAUACGAAAAUGCGAGGAAAGUACUCAAUAAAGCCCGCGAGAAUAUACCUACAGAUAGACAGAUUUGGGUAACGGCUGCCAAACUUGAAGAAGCACAAGGUAACAGUCACAUGGUGGAAAAGAUCAUAGACCGCGCGAUCACGUCCCUGAGCGCUAACGGCGUGGAAAUCAACAGGGAGCAUUGGUUCAAAGAGGCCAUGGAAGCAGAGAAGUCUGGAGCGGUGAAUACUUGUCAGGCCAUCAUUCGGUCUGUCAUAAGCACGGGUAUUGAGCCGGAAGACCAGAAACACACGUGGAUGGAAGACGCUGAAGCAUGUGCAAACGAAGGCGCCUACGAAUGCGCGCGCGCUGUAUACGGAUACGCGUUGUCCGUGUUCCCCUCUAAGAAGUCUAUCUGGCUGCGGGCGGCGUACUUGGAGAAACAACAUGGUACCCGAGCCAGUCUGGAAGCAUUGCUGCAGAGGGCUGUGGCUCACUGUCCCAAGAGCGAGGUGUUGUGGCUCAUGGGCGCCAAGUCCAAGUGGUUGGCGGGUGAUGUACCAGCUGCAAGAGGCAUCCUUUCCCUGGCCUUCCAAGCCAAUCCCAACUCGGAGGAGAUCUGGUUGGCCGCUGUCAAACUGGAGAGCGAGAACAAAGAGUAUGACAGAGCGAGGCGUCUGCUGGCUAAGGCCAGAGCAUCCGCACCUACACCGAGGGUCAUGAUAAAAUCAGCUAAACUGGAGUGGGCGUUAAACAACUGUGAUGUAGCGCUCAAGCUAUUAGAGGAGGCUAUUAAAGUGUUCGCCGACUACGCCAAACUAUACAUGAUGAAGGGCGAGAUUGAGGAACAGCUGAGCAGAGACAGCGAGGCGCACAAUACAUAUUCUCAGGGACUUAAAAAGUGUGCAACUUGCGUGCCUAUGUGGAUACUACUGUCUAGAUUAGAGGAAAAGUUGAAGCAUGUGACCAAAGCGAGAUCAGUUCUAGAGAAGGCAAGACUGAGGAAUCCUAAGAACCCUGAGCUAUGGCUAGAGAGCGUGCGGUUGGAGAGACGCGCGGGGUGCGCGGAGGUGGCGGGGGGGCUGCUCGCUAAGGCGCUCCAGGAGUGCCCGACGGCGGGCCGCCUGUGGGCGGAGGCCAUCUUCAUGGAGUCUCGCCCGCAGAGGAAGACUAAAAGCGUGGACGCGUUAAAGAAAUGUGAACACGACGCGCACGUACUGCUCGCGGUGUCGCAACUGUUCUGGACGGAGCGGAAACUGAACAAAUGCCGCGAGUGGUUCAACAGAACGGUCAAAAUCGAUCCAGAUCUCGGCGACGCGUGGGCGUACUUCUACAAGUUCGAACUCCUCCACGGCAACGAGCAGCAGCAGGAGGAAGUCAAGAACCGCUGCAAGGCCGCCGAGCCGCACCACGGCGAGCACUGGUGCAAAGUGUCCAAGGAGAUCGCCAACUGGUGCUUCAGCACCGAGCAGAUAUUGCUGCUGGUUGCCAAAAAUCUCUCCGUACCCACCUAAAUUUAGGGGACAUUUUGAAUUGAGGUACCUAUUCAUCUCCAAAGUUAAUUUAAUACAAAGUUAAUAAAUUUUAAACAUUUUAUUUUACACAUUUGAAUCAAGAGAAAACUGGCGUAAAGUGUCUAAUCUAAAGGCAUCGCCAAUUGCAAAUUUUUCCUGUACUCAAUUAAAAUGUAGGGGACAUUAUUUUUUAAUUACGGUAUUUUCAGCUCUAAUUUAUUUUACCAUUUUUUCUGGGGAAAACUGAUGCAAAGUAUCCAAGGAAAUCGCACCGAGCAGAUAUUGCUGCUGGUUGCCAAAAAUCUCUCCGUACCCACCUAAAUUCAGCGGACAUUUUGAAUUGAGGUAUUCAUCUCCAAAGUUAAUUAAUUUUAAACAUUUCUAUCUGAAUCAAGAGAAGAACUGGUAAAGUAUCCAAAGGCAUUGCAAUCUGUUAGCUCAGAAACUGCUGCUAAUUGCCAAAAAUCUCUUUGUACUCAUGUAAAAUUCAGGGGUGAUAAAUUUUGAGUUGAGGUAGUUUCAUCUCUAAAAUUAAUUUUAUUGAUUUUACGAGUAACCCGUAUAUGGGAAGAACUGAUGCAAAGUGUCCAAGGAAAUUGCCAACUGGUGCUUCAGCACCGAGCAAAUAUUGUUGCUGGUUGCCAAAAAACUCUCUGAACCCACGUAAUUCAGGGGACAUCCAGGGAGAGAUGUAAAAUGACCAGCUAUUUCUUCAGCAAUGAGCAGAUAUUGUUGCUGGUUGCCAAAAAUCUGUCUGUACCCACCUAAAUUCAGGGGACAAUUUGAAUUGAGGUAUUGACCUCAUAUAAUUUUAUACAAUUCUAUCUGCAUCACUGGUCGAUCUGGUGGAAAGUGUCCAAGGACAUCGCCAGCUAACUACUGCUGAGAUAAAUAUCUUAGCAAUCCAUGGAUUUUACAUCGAGCACAGUUAGCCCGCCUAAGAGCGAGAGAGACAGAGUGAGAGAGAGAGAGAGUGAGAGAGAUAGGCAUACACACCGGUUCAAAUUAGGAAUAUUCACAUUAAAAUUAUUUUACCACUCACAGUCGUUGUCACGUAAAACUUUCGCCCGUAUACCGACUUUACAGGCAACCAAUUUUUAUUAUUCAUAAUAUAUUAGACCAUUUCAAAUCAAAUGUUUAGUAAUAUUUAAUAUUUCAUCGUAAACAUUGUUUUUAACCGACAUUAUUCUGACUAAAUAUGUAAAUAUACAACUUACCUAUGUGUUACUUAUAUACUGUUUAAUAAUAACUUGGAAAAACAAAUUAUUAACAGUGUAGUGAAAAUGUUUUUGGUGUAUUUUCCUCUAGACAAUCUACUUUACAUUGUAAAAUACUUAGUUUUAUAAGUAAAUAAAGUAGCUUCUAAAA